CGAAAUCUUCCAAGGAUUCCACUGGGGUAUAGCUAUCCGUAAACUCGAGCAGAGGAAGACGACUGUCGAGAUCAACAUAAUCAAAAGCCGUUUCGAGAAGUUGAGCAUGUUCCGAAGCGCUUUUCACAAUGGCUAUCAUACAGGCAAAAAGUGGAGCAAAUAUGGGUGCGAGACACUUGUGCAUGACAUUAAACGUCGAUAUCCAGAUGUCAAAACAUGGCCAGGUUUUGAUCAGAGAGAAUUUGAAAAGGCUGUUCAAGAAGGUCGCAACUAUGAUGCAUGGGCUAAGUGUCUUGGUGGUGAUGGAUUCCUUGCUGCUCUGCCGCAGUCUGUGCCUGAGGGGACGCAAAAUCGUGGCACUAUUGAAAGGAAUGCCCAUCUUCUUCUUAGACUUGGAAUCAAGGAGAUUGUGACCAAGUAUCACUUGAUAGACGUAGGGAGCUUCGUGUCUAAGACUCUCGAAGAGAAACUCAUUACAACUCCUUACCAAAAUAUCUACAACCUAAUAACUACCCACGAUAACAUCUGCAACAUUACAGCUCCUGGCAAUAGCACCGGCAAUACGAAUAAACGGACAAGAUUUGCGAUCGAAAAGCCGAGAAAAAAAUUAAAGAACACAACCGGCACCGCGUCAACGAACCACAACUGCCUCGCCAUCGCUACAGACUCCAAUACCGAGCUCGAGGGCGUUUCAGUACCCGGGUCGCAACACACUACGAGCGAAAAUGACGGCAAUAAUCCAACUUGGACAACUCAACAACCCGAUAAUUUAUUACCCAGAGCUACGCAGAGCGGGAAUAUCAGCAAAGAUAGUAGUUUGAGCACAGCCCUCGUAUCUCACAAUCCUCGGCUGCCAGACUAUCAACUAUCACUACUUCCCAAUACCCAAAGCGCCGAAUCGUCUUCAACUCAGAUAGACGACAACAGCAACAAUGAGUUUACUACCACGUCCCCUGCCGGUCGACAACAACUUGUAGAAUACUUCAAUUGUCACCAACAGUCUAGUGACUCUCUGAAGCUGCCCGAUUACGAAAGCAGAGGUCACAUCAACGAGGCGCAUCCUAGCAGUCAGAUCGCAGUCCGUACGUCUACCGCAGAUGCCCCAACUGAUUCGUCAAGUAAUACGACACAUCACUGGGGUACAGGGAGAAAUCUCAGAAUCAACGCACCUCCAGAUUUUGGAUCUAAACAUCAAGCUGGACUGAAUACUUGGCCAACGGAACUGAGUCGACCUGCGUCAGAAACAAUGUGGCAACCAAGUCCACUAGUCAACACGGGAGAGACCGGUAGUGACGGAUUUCAGAUGAACUGCCAAGUUUCUCACCAGCUUCAGCUUUCGGCAUCAUCAGCAUUUGCUCCAGCGGAGCGGGCCCAAGACUGUACUAUGCCAUCAUGCAACCAGCAACCACAAUCAAAGACAUCUGUUCCCGAAAGCUUCUAUGGGGGUAACUGGGACCAGAACUAUAUCCCGGAAUUAUCCGCUUUAGGUUCACAAAACCCCACUCGUGCGGAAUCGCUAUUCUUUGGAAACUGGGAUAGAGACUACGAUACGAGAUCCCAAAGAACAAGAUCGGAAACCCUUCUCAAUUUAGGCAAUUGGGACAAAAACUACAAUCCAGAUUUAUCUUGUUUCGGCUCCCAAAAUCCCACGCCCGCAGGAUCAUUACCCUUCGGGAAUUGGGACAAAGACUACGAUGCGAGACUACAAGAAACAGGUGAGACUCUUCUUAAUCUAGGAAAUUGGGACCAAAACUAUAAUCCUAUCCUGCACAUGACAGUUCCUAUAUCACAUUAAGAGAUGAUUAUAUGUGCUUUAUCCGUGAUAUUUAUCCUUUCAGAGACGCACGGGCUAUGGUGUCGAUAGAGUACAUUUUGUUUAUAUUAAUACAACAAUGGUUGCACAGAGCUAUUCCUGUCAUGAGUAUAUCGCCAAAUGUCGUGAUUAUUCGUCAUAUCUCCGUCAAGGCCAUUAAUCUAUCUGGUAAACGAUUGUCUGAAACAUGCCACCACCACCCGAAGAAUGUAUAUAAAUUAGGUCACCUCUCCAUACCAC